AUGGGUCCCAGUAAGCCAGCGGAGGUGCCAGGGGUUCUUCAACAACAGGGUGUCCGUCAACUAGUGCAGCCACCAGAGCUGGUGUUCACCGUCUCCACCUCCUACAUCAAGGUGUGGGACAUCUGGGACUCGGCCACGUGCGUCCGCACCCUCAUCUCUUCGGGUCAGGUGAUCUCCGGGGACGCCUGUGCCGGGACCACGACCCGCACCAUCGCCAGCGUGCAGGGCGAGCACCAGAUCAACCAGAUCGCGCUCAACCCCGCCGGCACCAUGCUCUACGCCGCUGCCGGGAACUCCGUCCGCAUCUGGGAGCUCAACAGGUUGCAGCCUAUCGGGAAGCUGACCGGCCACAUCGGGCCCGAGAUGUGUCUGACUGUGAACCAGACCGCGAGCAACCACGACCUGGUCGUCACCGGCUCCAAGGAUCACUAUGUCAAGUGGGACCCUCCCUCCCUCCCGCUCACGGGCAGCACAAAAGGCCUUUGA